UCAUACAUGCCAGCAUACAUGCCUUAUACAUGUUCUACUACUGAGUCCACCCUCAACCCUUUAAAAAUUUUGUAUUUAUUUGGAGAUAGGCUCUUGUUAAAUUAUGGCCUUAAACCAUUCAAUCUUAAACUGGAAAUCCUCCUGCCUCAGUCUUCCAAAUUGCUGGGAUUAUAAGCAUGUGCCACUGUUCCUGGCUGGAGUAAUUAUUUUGUAGCAAUAGAUAACUAAUAUAGCUGUGCAAAUGCACAAUUCUAUUAUAUACAUUAUAAGGCAUGUAACUCUAAAUAGAAACAUAAAGAUUAAUACGUAUGCAUAUGUGUGUAUAGAUAUAUGUAUACAUACACAUAUACACACAACACAUAUACAUACAAUGUUUAGCAUUAGUCCAAGCACUGUUCUCUAAUCAAUAAAUUUGGGGAACAUGGUUAUAAGGUGGAAACCACAUUUAAAAACAUGCAAACAGAAAGAUGCACACUUGGUAAGUGUACGGCUUUCUGCAGUUUUACAAGCUAAGCAUCAUUGUGUGACCAGCUUCCAGAAAAAGAAGGUGGACUUUCCCUUCAGGGAAACCCCCAGACCUUCCUGUGUUCCCUGACAGUCCCUACCUCUGUGGGCGUAACCAGUAUUCUGACUGAGUCAGCAUAGGCUUUUGGGGCCUGAAUAAACCAGAUUGUAAGUGAUAAUAUCAGAGCAUGUUAAAUUAACAACCCCAAUUGUCACCAAAAUCACUGGCCACGGGCCCAGUGCAGGUAAACAAACACAAGGGUUUUCAGGACACAGGCAAAUGAAGGCACAUACAGAGCUGUCACUCUAUGCAAGUGAUGUGUUCCUGAAUAUCUCACAUAAUCUAGACAAUUCAAGUCUAGUUUUAUUGAAAUAUCUGCAAAGCAGGAUUUGUACAACUUCACAUUUGGAGCUGUAAAGGAGACUUGUUAGCAUCUUUAUUGUUGCCCAGUUUCCAUAAUUUAAAUUAUGUUAAUUUCCAGUUAACAUAAUUUGAAUUCAGACAACCCUCUCUGAAGCCCAUGAUUUACCAUAUCUGGAACUCCAGGACUUUCAUAUGUGGAUGGGAUGGGAGCCCAGUCCUGGGGGUGGUUCUGGGGGCAGCACAUAGGGUAGAGCCAGGCUGCCCAGUCCUUCCUGUGCUGCUUCCUUGCAGUGUGAAUCUGGCAAGCUCUUGCCAAACAGGGCCUUAACUUUCUCUCCUGCAAAAUAGGUUGUGCUGGGGGAUAACAGAAAUGAAUGUGAGAGACAUUUUGGGACACAUAGCAGAUGCCAGUGGAGGUUCAUCAGCGCCAGACCAACUGAGGUUCCCCACUGCCCCCUAUCCUGCAUCCAUGCUUCUUGGAGGACUUCAGACUCCCCAGAAGAGUGAGGGAGUCAGGCUAGGCUGGCUGGGGAGCCUGAGGCCCAGCCCACAGGAAGCCGUGGCCUCUGGGGUCACAGAACUGGAUUGGGCAAGAGCAGGGAACUGGUCGGUCCCUCUGAUUCUGGUCAGGGAUAUUUGGAGACACCAACAAUUCUGGGAAACUCAGAGGUAGGGAGUGAAAGGGGCAGGGACAGAGGGGAAACAACAAACUGUACCUCAGUGCCCCCAGGCCUGUUCCCCUUCCCAAAUGGUUCAAUGAAGUGUGAGGUGACUGACUUGUGGGUGUGUGUGGGGACUGGCUGGAGACUCCCCUUUCCUGGGGAGGACAGCAGAGGCAACUCAUCCCCCACUCCCACCCCCAAGUUCCAAAUCCAUUUCCAUCUUUGUUUACUGUCCAAAGUCCCAAACAUUGGAGAUGCCAGAUUCCGUGUGCUCAGACACACAGACACCCAUACCACAGACACACAGGCCCAGGGCCCUCAUAUGGACCCUGCCUCCUCCACUCCCACUGUCCAGGGCUGGCCACCUACUCUAAUUCUCCAGGCUUCAGCCCCUUCCUUAGCCUGGGAUCUGCAUUACAUCAAGGGACCUUGGAGCCAGACUUCCAGAACUUCAUCCAGCACCAGGCCUAUCAUGACAAAGGAGUAUCAAGAUCUUCAGCACCUGGACAAUGAGGAGAAUGACCAUCAUCAGCUCCGAAGAGGGUUGCCUCCCUCUCAACCUCUUUUGCAGCGACUCUGUUCUGGACCCCGCCUCCUCCUGUUCUCCUUGGGCCUCAGUCUUCUGUUGCUGGUGGUUGUCUGUGUGAUUGGAUCCCAAAACUCCCAGCUGCAGGGGGAGUUGCAGGCCCUGAGAAAGACCUUCAGCAACUUCACAGUGAGCACUGAGGCUGAGGUCAAGGCUGUGAGCACCCAGGGAGGCAAUGUGGGAAGAAAGAUGAAGUUGCUGGAGUCCCAGCUGGAAAAACAACAGCAGGAUCUGAGUGAAGAACACUCCAGCUUGCUGCUCCACGUGAAGCAGUUUGUGUCUGACCUGCGAAGCUUGAGCUGUCAGAUGGCUGUCCUCCAGGGCAAUGGCUCUGUGAGGACCUGCUGCCCCAUUAACUGGGUGGAACAUGAAGGCAGCUGCUACUGGUUCUCCAGCUCUGGGAGGCCCUGGCCAGAGGCAGACAAGUACUGCCAGCUGGAGAACGCUCACCUGGUGGUAGUCACCUCCUGGGAGGAGCAGAAAUUUGUCCAGCACCACAUGGGCCCUUUGAACACCUGGAUAGGUCUAACAGAUCAAAAUGGCCCUUGGAAAUGGGUGGAUGGGACUGACUAUGAGACAGGCUUCAAGAACUGGAGACCAGAUCAGCCAGAUGACUGGUAUGGGCAUGGGCUAGGAGGAGGCGAGGACUGUGCCCACUUCACCCCUGAUGGUCGCUGGAAUGAUGACUUCUGCCAGAGGCCCUACCGCUGGGUCUGUGAGACAGAGCUGGGCAAGACCAACUAGGACCCUUCCUCCCCCUAAUUUAUUUCCUCAAUGCCUUGAGCUGCUGAGGUCUGGGAUUGGAAAUCCUCCUAUGUGGGGGUCUCCACUGUCUUGGGAAUUUUCAUCUAGGAUUUAAAGGAGAGGGGGAGUGUAUAGUGUUGUAUGGAGUGGUGGGACGAUGGCAACCCAUGACACUUUCUGCAGUGUGCAGCUUAUUAAUGACUUUUUCUUUUUUUAGAGUAAACGGAAGAGCAAUAUAUUUAAACAUUC